GUGUUUUUGUCCGUCAUGACUUUUGAAACAUCUAAUGUGUCUGAACCGUGGCCUCAACUCCAGUUGGAGUCUGUUAUUGGAUUUAACGGUCAUGUGAUUUCUGGCCUCAGAGUCCACCCGGACAGAGAGCACCUGAUCUAUCCGCUGGGCAGCACAGUCAUUCUGAAGAGAAUCAAAGAUGACAAGCAGGAAUUUCUUCAAGGACACACAAACAAUGUAUCCUGCGUUUCAGUGUCCAGAAGCGGAUCUUACAUUGCCUCUGGACAACUCAACUUCAUGGGCUUCAAGGCUCCGAUUAUAAUCUGGGACUUUGCUCAGCGGAGAGAGUACACCCAGAUGGUGCUCCACAAUUCCAAAGUAGAAGCGCUGUCCUUCUCUCCACAUGACAAAUACCUGGUGUCCCUCGGAGGUCAGGAUGACGGCAGAAUUGUGGUGUGGAACAUCGAGACCAAGCAGGCCAUCUGUGGGAGCCCAGCGUCAGCUCAGAGCGCUGGUCACUGCCUCACGGUGCACUUCUCAAACACUAAUGACAAUGUGUUUGUUUCUGCUGGGAGUGAGACAUUGCGAGUCUGGGAGCUGGACGUUCAUAACAGGAAAAUCCGGCCCACAGAGUGUCAGACAGGCAAGCUAAGGAGGAUUGUCAACUGUGUUGAGAUUUCAGAGGAUGACCAGUUCAUUUACUGCGGCACCACCAGUGGAGACAUCAUGAAGAUCAACCUGGAAAGGAGGCUCAUGGCAGACUGUGGUCCGCUCAAAACCAAAUACAGCCAGGGUGUCAAUGUCCUAAGGGCACUGAAGUCUGGAGACCUGCUGGUAGGCUCUGGAUCAGGCACCUUCUCUCUGUGCUCCAAGACUAACUUCAAGACUCUAAAGCAAGUCCAGCUGGAAAAGGGGGUGACGUCCAUCGCUCUGAGAGGAGAGGGCCAGCAGUUCUUUGCUGGGACGGAGGCCGGUCAGAUUUACAGCUUCAGUUAUGACGACUUUAAAGCCGAACUCAUUUCCACCAGCCACACCAGUCCUGUUAAUGAAGUGGCCAUGUGUUUUGGAACAUCUGAAUUAUUUGCAACAUGCUCCGCAGAGGACAUCAGGGUGUGGCACAUACACAAGCCCAAAGAGCUGCUGCGCAUCACCGUACCCAACAUGACCUGCAAUGCUGUGGACUUCAUGGUCGACGGACACAGCAUCAUCAGUGCAUGGAACGAUGGUAAGAUUCGUUUGUUUGCUCCGGAAAGUGGCCGCCUCAUGAUCCUCAUUCCCAACGCGCACAGAAUGGGCGUGACAGCAAUCGCAGGCACCAGGAGCUGCAGGAGGAUCGUCAGUGGAGGAGGAGAGGGGCGGGUGUGUGUUUGGGAGCUGCAGCCUCAUGGCCAUAAGCUGCUGGACACCAUGAAAGAGCACAAAGCCACCGUCACAUGUAUCAAAAUCAAGAGCAACGACAAAGUGUGUGUCACUGCCAGCGAGGACGGCUCCUGCGUCAUCUGGGACAUUGAGCGCUUCAAGAGUCUUCGUCUGUUGCUCGCCAACACCAUGUUUCGUUCAGUGUGCUACCACCCCGAAGAAUACCAGAUCAUCACCGGCGGCAGAGACGGACUGAUAACCUACUUUGAUGUAUGUGACGGCGAGACCAUCAGAAACAUCGCGGGCUCGCCGUCGGGGGCCGCCAUCAAUGCAAUAGACAUCUCCCAGGACGGCAGACACUUUGUGACAGGUGGAGAUGAAAAGAUCGUGAAGGUGUGGGACUUCAUGGAAGGGGACGUGACCCACGUCGGGGUCGCUCACGGCGGCAGCGUCACCAGCGUCAAGCUCUGCUGCAACAACAGCACCCUGAUCAGCACCAGCGCCGACGGAGCCAUAUUCAGAUGGAGGUUCCCCCACCCUCCUUCUUCUUCUUAAUG